AUUCCUUUUACUAUUAUUGUAGUACAUGUUGACAGCAAAUAUGGCGGAAAAGAGUGACGGUAGUGAUAAAAAUAGUGAAAUAUUCACAAUUAGCGAGUUUACAGAGUGUUUUGAUCUUCCAAAAUGGGUUGAAGUUGUUGGGGGCAAGGAUGUUGGCCCCACGGACAAUGGAUCGUGCAAUAUUAAAAAAGGAAUGAUAUUAAUUUUACGGACAUUAGCUGUUGACAAAGUAACUUUAUCGUUUACUGAUUCGGAUACUGGAGUCAAACGGAUAGUUCAAGUUUCGCCGGACACUCAAGUGAAGUUUAAAGUGCUCUUACCGAAUCCGGAUUUCAAAGCGCCACAAAAACCUAGAACUGUAUACGAGAGAGUGUCAGAUCUUCUGACUGUUUGUCCGACAUAUUUUAAAGCUAAUGUAUUCUACGAUGACCCAUAUUUACCAGCUAUUGUCAAAUCAGGUGAAGUGUUCAGAUUUAUACGUCAGAUAAAGCAUGAAUCUGACCGACGGACAUAUCUUCAAUGCGAGGAUGCCGACGGCAAUAUCAUAGAAUUACCGUGUGAAUGUCGCGGUGACUUUACAGCCGUCGAAGACGAUAAAUCGUACAGUUUGAAAGAAGUCCUCGAACUUGGUCCAGUGGAUCGGAAGUUAAUAUUGUCACGUGACCAUAUCAAAAUGGAUCUAGUCGAAGAGGCGGGAAACGAAGAAAAUUUAUAUUGUAAUCUUUCUCAUUCAGAUGGAACAGACGUUUUGCAAAGGAUUAUGGGGCUGCCCCUGUCCUACAGUGGUCUUUUAACUUAUCAUAAACCAAAAAUGUUUCUGGCAGCUUCACCUAGCGACAAUCUUCAAGAGGUUUGGAAGAUACCGCUCUCUGUUGAUAUUCAGGUUAAAGAGUUCACUGAAGAUCAAUAUGAAAGACCCACUAUUGCAUGUACAGAAUCAUCUAGUCAAACCCCUGCCUUCAAACUUUACAAACUUAGUGAACUCCUAGACACAUAUCAUGAGGAUUUCCCGGUGCUUGCAACAUUGGUGCAUUAUAAGGAUAUGCCUGUAGAUUUUAAACAUUGUUUAGAACCAGGAUGUGAUGUAAUUAUCCAUGACAUUGAACGUUUUGACAGAAUUUUAGCAAAGUCAGGUGAAAUGCAGUUCUCUAUAGCAAGAAAUAUGGAAGGAAGAUUUAGAAAAACGUUAAAGAAAUUUGAAUCGUUGGAAGAUUUAAAAGCAGCUCAUCCAAAUCCUCUAAGUGACCAUCUUUAUGUUAAAGUUCUUCAAGAAAUUGCUUCCGAUUUCCCAGUUGCUUUUUCAUUACAAACGGGGGAUGUAUUGAGAUUUAAAAGUUUGCAAACAAAACUGCUCAAAAUGAAAUCUAAAAAGUUUGGUCCAUUUCAGGUUAUUAAUUGUGAGAAAAGUAAAGAAUCAGGUUCAUUCGAAAAAAUACAAUUACCUGUAGAUUUAGAAGUGUGUUUGCACGAGAUGCCAUCGAGGACCAAAGCAGAGGGAUUCACUGCGGAAGAGGUCUUCCGGUAUAAACCUGAACUUCCGCUAAAUGUAGAUUUUCUUGCAGACGAUAAAAGUUUAUGGAGUUGUUUGCCAAUAAGUUCAGAAAUCUCUUUGACUAAUUUUGUAACAGAGGCUAUUGCAAUAAUUUCUCCUGUGCCAAAAUAUGACCACACAGAAGACUCUCGUAAAUAUAUUGACAAUCGUAUAAGGGAUUGUUUGCUGGUCCCCACGCGUCAUCAUAUGAUGCUAACAGUUAAAGACUGUCUUGGUUUCCCGCCUGGAUACUUUAUGUUUCCUGACAAAAGUGUUUUCAUUCACUGCCCAGUAGAAAAAAUCAGUAAACAGUCUUACGAGGAACUGAUUAGACAUAAUGACAUGGCGUACGAAGAUUAUGAGCCAGAAUCUCCGGUCAGUGCCGGAAGUGGAAUACUCCUGCCUUCAAGAUCAAAAUCAAAAGAUUCGAAAGAGUCAGAAACCGUGAACAAGCGCCUGUCUAAGUCAUUGACCAAUAUGUUUAAAAACAAGCCGAAUAUAUUGAAUAAAUUAAAAGGACGUAAAUCAUCGGCUGACACUUCCGGAAAACCCGUGACGUUAGCAGUGCAGAACGACACAUACCAGGCGGGUUCCAUGCAUAGCAGCGAGUCAUUUGAAGAGGACAAUAUCUAUGAGUCAGUAAACGUCAAAGGGAAACACUCUAAAAGCUAGCGCAUGUCAACACUCCGCUAGGAACACAACAUAUCAACAUUCUGUAGACGACGCUAAAAAAUCUGUUUUAAAGAGAACGAUGUUAUUGGUUGAUCUGUUAUUUUCUGGUUUUGUUACACUCCACAGGGUCACUGUUGAUAACAUUUGGUCGAUUAUAAAGAGGACUGCAUUACUUAACUGGGCAUUAUUCCAGUCCGAUUUUUUUUUUUUUGGGGGGGGGGUGUUUCUUCCAGGGUGCUUUGAUAAUGUACUAGGUUUUCUUGGUUGUUUUUAGGGUCUUUUACUUAAGUUCUGUAAAAGUUGACCCAAAUACACUUUCAAAGCACCGCGACAGCCCUCUCCCCCAUUCCAGCAGUCACGAGCGAUCACCUGAGUAGGACCAAUAACCUUCUGUUAGUUAGCUGGACAUUUUUUCUCACAUGAAAUGUACUAAACCACUGACAGAAACAGUAUUAGGGACCUCUGUCACGUGACCAAUGAAAAGGUAUUAAACUUCAAAUUAAGCGGACUUUGGCAGAUAUAGAGUGCAAGCAAAUAUGGACAAAUACAUUUUAUGAAUAUACAUGUAAUACUUCUUUAUUAGACGGAAGAAAAUACUAGGCCAUUAUGAAUUAACGAUCACUUUUUUGAUUAUUAUUUCAUAUAUCAACCCUACCCAUUUGAGAUUAUUCAUUACACUAAUCAAACUUUGAUCUAUACAAGGUUGUAAUUAAAACAUGAGAAUGCAUAUUAUGAUCGUGGUGCUGUCGCAACUUUCCGGCCCUUUCCGUCGGAAUUCGGACGACAUUUCGGAAUUCGGACGACAAAAUUAUCAAUUCGCUUUCUGCAGUAUUGUAACAAUGAUUUGAUUCUAUAAACGGUUGCUUCAACUUUGAUUUUAUUACAAAAUUGUAUUAACACGAGUUUUAGGAAACAUUUGAAAAUAUUUAAAGAUUUUUCAAUAAUAAGAUUUAACAAUAAUUUUCUGUUCUCUAUCUCGAAAGCAGCAUUCGCUCCAGAUUAAUUUAGUCAACAUUCUUAAUACUUA